ACCAGGACCAGGACCAGGACCAGGACCAGAACCAGAACCAGAACCAGGACCAGGACCAGGACCAAGACCAGGACCAGAACCAGGACCAGGACCAGGACCAGGACCAGGACCAGGACAUGAACGACAUAAAGCUGGCCCUGCUGGGGAGUCCGGGUGCAGGGAAGUCAGCCGUCCUCGUGCGUUUCCUGACCAGACGCUUCAUCGGUGAAUACGCCUCAAACUCCAACUCUUUGUACCAUAAGCGACUGUCCAUCGAUGGGAGGCAGCUCAACCUGGAAGUUUUCGACCCCUGUUCUCAGAGCUCAGAGGUCCAGUGUAUUCUGCAGGAGCCACUUCUCUGGGCAGACGGUUUCGUGGUGGUUUACAACAUCAGUGACCGGGCCUCCUUCAUUAACGCCAACAACAUCCUGAUGCAGAUACGAGAGGCUCGCAUGGACAACUGCAAAGGGGAGGUGGAGGUUCCUGUGGUUCUUGUGGGUAAUAAACAGGACCUGUGCCACGUCCGGCAGGUUCUGGAGGACGAGGGUCUCUGCUUGGCCCAGGAGUACCACUGUCACUUCCAGGAAGUCUCAGCGGCCGAGAGCUACCAGGACAUCGCCAACCUGUUCACCCAGCUCAUCCGCCAAGUGAUGGAGCACCUGAAGUACCGCGCAGACCGCCGCCGCUACAGCGGGUCCAAGUCCAUGGCCAAACUCAUCAACAACAUGUUCGGCAAAAGGAGGAAGUCAGUGUGACGGGAGUAAUCUGCCAAGAGGUUUGGAUAAAGGGAAACAGCAUGAGGUCAAUGGAAAGUACAGAGAAAGGAGCAGUCGACCUGAACGGACCCAGACCCUCAUUCUGAAGGUCCUCCGAAAAGUCUACGUCAGAGCCAGAGCAGUGUGUUCACACCUGGACGAUCUGAGGUCCUUCAUUAACUGAAACCAUCUGUCUGUUGUUCACAGUUCACAGGUAAACGGGAAAAACGAAUCUAUGCAAAAGACACUGAGACUGAAAAGGCAAAUACACAAAGACACCACAUACAACGACUGAAAAGAAGGUGAAAGGAGGGCUGGACCAUAGGGUGAUACGGUGAAAACAGGCAGAGUUAUGGACAAUUCAUGAUGUUUUCAAGAUAAAACUACGUGAAAACUACAUAGAAGGCAAAAAAAUAACAACUAUAUAAUAAAAAAUCAAUAAAAAAGUUAAUUAGGCCUGAUCUGUUAUUCAUAUUACUGUAUUAUUAUUAUUAUUAUUAUUAUUAUUAUUAUUAAUUUAUAACUGUAAAAUGAAUUAGUGUAUUUGUACAAAUUAAAAAUAAAGAAAAUCUAAUAAAAAUCAGAUGAAGAUGAAAAAAGAUAAGGACACAUCUGUAAUCUGUGAUUUUCUAUUUUUUAGUUCCUAUUGAGCGCUUUAUGAAAAAUUAAUAAAUAAAUAAAUUAAUUAAUAAAUAAAAAAAUAAAAUAAUAAUAAUAAUAAUAAUAAUAAUAAUAAUAAUAAAACCUUGUUUUUAUUCAAUAAAGCAUGUCCAUUGAAACAGUACCAACACAAAACAGGUGUAAACGGAGACAAAUCACAGAGAAAAUGUGUUUUCUUCUGUUUCUAACAUCUGACUGAACUUAAUGUUGAUUAUUUUCAGUCUAAUGUUUUUAGUUUAAUAGUUUUCAUGUUCACAUUCUAUUAAUAUGACAGGAAGUUGUGUCGGCUUACACACAAACAGCCACCUGAAACAUCCUUCUAUGUCCUACUUUUAUACUUUGAAGACAUUUCAGAACCUAGA